UCCACACAUGAGGGCACUGCAGAGAAACUAUUCACUUGUUUUGAUCUCCUCUCGCAAAGACAUGGCGGCGUCCCUGGUUUGCAGUUUCAGACGAGAAAUGUUCACUUUUUCAAGGAUAUUGAGUGGAAUUUCACAGUUGGGAUCGAGAGGUUUAAGAACAUGUUUCAGUCCCAGAAAACGUAGUUUAAGGUAAGUUACCUUUUUCUUCUUUGCACAUUUUUACGUCAGUUAAAGCAAGGCUUUAAUCAGGCGAGGGUGUAUAUGUUUAGUCUGUAAAAGGGCAUAUCAAGAGCAAAACCAAAAUCCACAAGACUUUUUUGUGUCACUGCAGGUUCCAACUCCCACAGACACCGAGCACUUCCUGCCACACUGCACUGUUAUCUUCAGCACCCUCAUCAGUCACAGUCACAGAGGAGCCAGACACACUCUUCCAGAAGAUGGCUGUGUUGGUCAAAGGUCACGACAGAGCUGUGUUGGAUAGUUAUGAGUUCUUUGCCACAUUGGCAGCCAAAGAAUUGGGCAUCACUCUUGACAAAGUGUUUGAACCACCAAAGGAGAUGGAGAGGUUUACACUCCUAAAGUCAGUACACAUCUACAAGAAGCACAGGGUCCAGUAUGAGAUGAGAACACAUUACCGGUGUAUUGAGCUGUCACAUAUCACAGGCAGCACAGCACAAGUAUACCUUGAAUACAUACAAAGGAACCUCCCUGAAGGUGUAGCCAUGGAGGUGAAAAAGACUGCGAUGGAGAAGGUUCCAGAUCACAUCCUUGAACCCAUGUGGAAGAACCCCCCAACUGAUGAAAAGCCCAGCCAGUAAACAAAGCCAGAUCAGAAGAUUAAAAAUGUUUUGUUUUUCCUGGUGGGAAAGUAUAAUACUGACCUGUGAGUUGUUGCUCUCAUGCCCUGUUUGGCUACAGAACAUGUUUUCAUCAUAUGAGCGUGUUACACAUUUGUGUGUUGACAAUGUGUUGCACAGUCAAUCUAAUGUAUUUACAAAUAAAUUUAAUGUCAGAUUUG